UAUGUGAUAAUAAAAUAUGAAACCCUAAAUUGCAUAUUCAAACGUGGACAACGCCGUUGGUCGUCUUCGCCGGUUGAUUAAACGCCGUCGUCUUCGUCCUUCGUCUCUGCCAUUGUCUUUGUCGUUCGUCUUCAACAUCUUCAGCGCCGGUGGUUUUCGUCGUUGGUCUCCGGCGUUCGGCUUCAGCGUCUGAAAAGAAAGAAAAUAAUUUGAAGGUUGGAGUUCAAAAUAAAGAAUAGCCAUGUGUGGAGAAUUACCUCUGAAUCCAAUUCCUUUGGAGAGUCGACCUGGCAUCCUUUUCAUUGGAUCCUCAAAUGUUGGCAAGCGCUCCCUCCUCUCUAGAUUACUCACUGUGGACUUUGAAGACGCUUUGAAUUCAUCCUCUCAAGUUUCAGUCCAUGGUUGGACUAUCAAUACGCAAUAUUACACAGCUGAUGUCUCUGUAUCAGUGGCUCAUUUGCAUGAGGAAUUUUCCAUCGAGGCUUUGCCUAUGUUCAAUCAGUUGGCUGCCUUGGUCAUGGUCUUUGACAUGAAUGAUCUUUCAUCUCUUGUGAUGCUUCAGGAUUGGGUUGCUCAUGUUGAUCUACAAAAAAUUGAUGUAUUAUUAUGCAUAGGAAAUAAAGUAGAUCUUGUUCCAGGUCAUCCAGUUCAUAUUGAGUACAGAAAACUUCUGCAAAAGCAGAGACUUAAAGACUCUUCUAUAGAUUAUUCAGAUACAGCUGAAUAUGGAAUUUCCGAAACUGAAGGAAGUAGUUUAUUGGGAGACGAAGACUUCUCUUGGGAAACUAGGAGGUCAUGUUUGGCAUGGUGCAUUGAACGCAAUAUUGAGUUCAUUGAGGCUUGUGCAUCUAAUGCAGAUUUUGAUAAAUGUUUAUCAAUUGAUGGUGAUAUACAAGGAGUUCAAAGGCUCUAUGGUGCUCUUUCUGCUCAUAUGUGGCCUGGAAUGAUUCUAAAAUCUGGAGAUAGGAUUACCAAGGCAUCAUUACCCAUAGAAGAAGAAUUAUCAGAAGAAGAAUCUGAUUUUGAAAUUGACUACGAAAUAUUAUCUGGGGGUUCAGCUGAGCCAUGGGAUGAUUACAAGGGUUGCUCGUCGAAUGGAGAAGGUUCGUCCAUAGAUGCUGGAGCUCAUCGAAAGGAUGAUGACAUUGCCGAGCAAGACCGAGCAUGUCAAAAUAUCUUUGAACAGCCCAACGGUGAAGAAAACCCUGUGGCUUUUGAUGGAGAACAUAAUCAAAUGACGGAUCCAUGCGAGGGAAAACUUCUUGAUCUCGAGGAUUUAGAACGGUUGAUGUCUGAGAUAGGGAACAUGCGUGACAGCUUGAGGUUGAUGCCUGAUUUUCAAAGGAGAGAAAUGGCUGCAAAAUUGGCAACGAAAAUGGCUGCCAUGUUUGGUGGAAGUAGUGAUGAUGAUGAAGAGGAAGCUAGAUGACAAGAAGAAAUUUGGUAUUCUAAUCAAGUUUGCUGUCAUGGGAGUAGUAGUCAUUGUGAGCUGGGAAAGGUUUUCUGUUCAUCUUGGUCCAUUCUUUUUGUCAAUUGCUCUGCCUUUUUCAACACUUGAAUCUUGGUAUGUAAAUUUGAACACUACAAACAGGGUCUAAAUUGGUAUAUAAACUCAAAAUGCAAAAGGCAGUCAUCAAAUGGGAAGGGGUUGUGAUUGCUGAUUUAAUCAUUGAAUAUGAUCUUGAGCUUGAGCUUGCCAGCCAUGCAGAAAAAGACUAAUCUAGGGUUUCUUUUUCCCUCUUAGGAAGAAUUGUAUUGUGUAGUAUGGGCUUGUGCUGCAGUGUGAUCAACUCUGGAGUGAUUCUUAACCUUCUAUGCGCACAGAUCUAUGAGAGAGAAGUAUUUUGAAUUUAUAUCUAUCUAGUGUUAUCUGUCAACUUUUUGAGUUCACGUCAACGGUUAUUAUGUGAUGGCUUCAUUCAAUAAUUUUUCUAUACAUGGUAUUCUCCAUAUUUGUAUACA